UGUUAGAUACAACUGAUUGAUUUAGAAACUGGUAGAUAGUCAAGAUUUUGAGGGUUUUUUGGAUUAUAGAUAUGAUGGUGGUGGUUAUGAAAGGCGUUUUCAAUCGUUCUGCUGAUAAUGCGUUUAUGUUUCUCUGUUAAUGGAGUUUUGUAGCUGGCUGUUAUGGAUAGGUUUGGGCAUUUGUAACCGAAUCUGAUAUCCGAAUUGAACCUGAACUAAGACCCCUGUAUCUGAUCCUAUUUGUAAAAAAUGAAUCCAAAAAUUUGAAUUAAAACACGCUAAAAUGAGUAUUCUAAACCUGAUAAAUACUUAAAAUAUGUAAUUUCAUAUUUUACAUUUUAAACGCAUUAUCCGUUUUACAUUUUAUAAGACACAGAGCUAAUCCAUUUUACAUUUUAAAAACGAGAAAUCUGCCAAAAAAACACUGAACUUUGCGGGAAUUGCCAAAAGAAACCUGUACUCGAACCUGACCAAUAAAACCCCGAUUUUUUGUUGACGUUUUUAGUUAAUUCAAAAACUUACGGUUGACUAACCAAAUUAACACACCGUUAACCGACAGUUAAGACAGUGUUAACUCACCGUUAAUUAUUGCCGUUUAGUGAAACUACGUCGUUUCAUUCAGUUGUUUUGUUAAACACAAAAUCUCAAGACGACGUCGUUUUGCUUAAUUAAAAUUGUUGUUGCUGCCUGGACUCGAACCCGUGCACUCGUGGUCGUAAGGGGGUAUUGCCACUGAGCUAGUGGACUUUUCGGAAGGUUAUCACACAUGUUUAUUUUUAUUGAUCAAAAGAUGUGUUUGAUUGCAAUCAAACAAAAUGAAACCCGUGUUUGAACGUAACCCUAAUUUCUCAAAUCGAUUUGGGGAUUUCUCUUGUAGAGAUGGUAAAGACGAAGUUCACAAGGAAUGGAAAGGAGGUAAUGAUUUUCGGAGCGAUGAGGAAUUUCGAUUACGGGAGUGACGAAGCGGUUCAAGAGUCGAAGAAGGGUGGAGAACGCGAUGCUUCUGUGAGUUUGCCAUCGCUGGAGAGAUCGAGGAUUCGUAAAAGCGUUGAAGGGAUAUCGAUGUUGGCAUCUACAGAGGUGUCGAAGGCGUCGAAGACUAGGCGGGGAACUUCAUAUGGGUCGCCUGCGUCAUCUCCGGAGAAGACCACGAGGAGGGGAACUUCAUAUGGGUCGCCUGCGUCAUCUCCGGUGAAGGCCACGAGGCGUGGUUCAACUCUGUCUCCUAGAGUUUCGAAGAAGCAGAAGGUAAAUGUGGCUCCUUCUGGUGAUGACAGAGAAGAAUGGCCAGAGACUGAGAUGUUGGCAUCAACAGUUGCGAAGAAGACAAGGCGGGGAACUUCAUCUGGCGGGUCGCCUGUGUCUCCUAGACAAUCGAAGAAGCAGAAGGUAAACUCGGAGAGGAGUCUAGGUGAUGAUGGUGAUGACAGAGAAGAAUUUCUCCAGAUUGAGGAAUUUGGGGAUAUAGGUGAUGAUGGUAGGGAAGAUGAGAACGGUAUUGCUGGCAUUGAGGAAGUUGGUUGUACAGAUUUGAGUCUUUAUUUUGGUGAUAAAGCAAAAAAUGAUGACUGUGAGGUUGAUGAAGACGAAGGCGAUGAUGAUGCAUGGGAUGAUGAUAAAAUCCCUGAUCCUCUGUCAUCAGAUGAUGAGAAUGAAGAGGAGAUGAGACCUGCGCAAGCUUACAGAGAAGACACUGAUCCAGAGGAGCUCCUUCAGCUAGGCAAGACAUUUUCAGAUGCUGAGGACUUCAAACAUGCUUGUCUGAGGUAUACCCUGAAAACCAGAUACAACAUCAAGUACUACAGAUCCAGUAGCUUGAAGAUGGGUGCAAAAUGUGCCGCUGAGAUGAGAGAUGAUGAGGCUCCUUGUCCCUGGAUGGUCUACUGUUCGUAUGAUAGGAGGAAACAGAAGUUGAUGGUAAAGACAUACGUCAAUGACCAUAAGUGUGAGAGGACAGGGUAUUCGAAGAUACUUAAGAGGUCAGCAAUUGCAAGUCUAUUUGCUGAGAGGUUAAGGCUGAAUCCUAAGCUCACGGCAAAGGAGAUACAAUCUGAGAUAUUGAGGGAGUAUAAGAUGGAAGUUUUAGAAAACUCAUGCAUUAAGGCCAAGACGAAGGUGAUGAAAGAAAGGAGGAAGACCCAUGAGGAGCAUUUUGAUAAAAUCUGGGAUUACCAAGCAGAGAUAUUGAGGAGCAAUCCUGGAUCAACCAUGGAAAUUGAGACCAUACCAGGAGCCACGGUUGGAACCAAGCAGCGGUUCUACAGACUCUACAUGUGUUUCCAAGCACAAAAGGAAGCAUGGAAGAAGACUUGUAGGCCUGUUAUUGGCUUAGAUGGAGCAUUUUUGAAAUGGGACAUCAAGGGACAGUUGUUGGCUGCGGUUGGAAGAGAUGGAGACAAUAGGAUUGUCCCUAUUGCUUGGGCUGUAGUGGAGAUAGAGAAUGAUACAAACUGGGAUUGGUUUGUGAAGCGUUUGGCCUUGGAUUUGGGAUUGGAAAAUGGGAACGGCUUUGUUAUAAUGUCUGACAAACAAAAGGGAUUAGUGAAAUCAGUUCAUACCCUCCUUCCAGAAGCUGAGCAUAGACAGUGUUGUCGCCAUAUCUACGAGAACUGGAGGAAAUGUGGAAAAGAUCUAAGGUUACAGAGGUUCUUCUGGUUCAUUGCAAGGAGCUACACUCCUGGUAUGUUCAACUACAACAUGGACGAGCUUAAGAACUAUGAUCCUGGCGCACAUGCAUCUCUGAUAAAGACAAAGCCAGAGACUUGGUCUAGAGCUUUCUUCAAGAUAGGCUCCUACUGCAAUGAUAAUCUGAACAACUUGUGUGAGUCCUUCAACAAGACCAUCAGGGAGCCUAGGAAGAAACCUCUGCUAGACAUGUUAGAGGAGAUAAGGCGUCAAUGUAUGACUAGGAACUACAAUAGGUCUAAGAUGGCUAAGGACAGGAAGACUAGGUUCACCCCGAAGACACAUAAAGAGUUAGACAGGGUUGAGAAGAAGUCAAAAGAAUGUAGUAUGCGUUGGGCAAUUGGGCCAGAGACUGAGGUGGAAGAUAGAGACCAGUCAUAUGUGGUGAAUUUGGAGAAUGAGACUUGUGCAUGUCGAAGCUGGCAAAUGAAUGGUAUUCCAUGCAUCCAUGCUGCUAAGGUCAUCCUUGGCGUGGGAAGAAAACUCUCUGAAUUUGUUGCUCCUUUCUACACAACCUCUAAGUGGCGUGAAACCUACAGUUUUGGGAUCAGACCUGUAAAUGGGAUGAUAGAGUGGCCUCGGACCAAUAGAUUAGGUGUGAUUCCACCACCUAAUCGAAAUGGCAAGCUUGGUAGGCCUAAAAACCAUGAUCGAAAGAAGGGAACCAAUGAGACAGUGUCUACUACCAAGCUGAGUCGUGCGAACAGGGUAAUGACAUGCUCUAAUUGCAAAGAAGAAGGGCACUACAAGAAUACAUGUCGGAAGGCUUUUGUUGAGAGCCCACCUAAGAAACCAAGAGGCAGACCAAGGAAAUAUCAGGGACUACACUUUGGCGAGUCACAAGCUCAAUCCUCAGAAGCUCAAACCUCACAAAAUCAAUCCUCACAAGCUCAAGCAUCACCAUGGGAAGUUCCUCAAUCUUCAGAAGGUCAAUCCUCACAAGCUGAAGCAUCACAGACAGCAUCGUGGGGAAGAUGGUUUUUUUAGAUGCUUGUGUGUUGUUUAUGAUGGUCUCUGUCUGAAUGCUUUCGUUGUCUGUUGUUUAUGAUGGUGUCUCUGUCUGAAUGCUUUUGGAACAAGAACUACUUUUUUCUUUCUUCUUUUCCUGCUGUUUUAAUUUGAAACUCUCAAUGAAGAUAGUCUUGGUUAUUAUCUUUGUGUUUUCAUCAUGUUGUUUAUCUUGAUGGUCUGUUCAAUGGUGCAUUUGUCCUUCUAUAAACAAUCAAGAAGUAAAACAUAAACAUUACUGAAACAUUGUCUUAAAACAUAGCCUUACAUGAACCAUGAUUCUUACAUAAACAUAGCCUUACAUAAACAGUCUCUUAGUAGCUAUUCAUAGACAACCCAUCUGCU